AUGCAGAUCUUUAAGGUCUUCAAUGACCCCAUCCAUGGCCACAUUCAGUUGCACCCUCUGCUGGUGAAGAUCAUCGAUACUCCACACUUUCAGCGCUUAAGAAACAUCAAACAACUUGGAGGAGGUUAUUAUGUCUUUCCAGGGGCUUCCCACAACCGCUUUGAACACUCCAUUGGUGUGGCACAUUUAGCAGGGAAGCUUGUAAAAUGUCUGCAUGGUUCCCAAAAGAUCAAAAAAACAAAUGAAGAGAAAAAGGAGAAAGAGGAACUCUGUGUGCAGAUUGCAGGAUUGUGUCAUGACCUGGGCCAUGGUCCAUUCUCUCAUUUAUUUGAGGAAUUUAUGAAGAAAAAGGAUCCAAACUGGAAGCAUGAAGAGCAAGGAAUCACAAUGUUUGAAGACCUGAUAAAAGACAGAGAAGUUGCUAAGGAAAUGAAAGAAUAUAAAAUUGAACAACAGGAUAUCAAAUUCAUCCAGGACCUGAUCUGUGGCAUGACAGCUUCUGAGCACCAGUCCUUCCUGUAUGAGAUAGUAAACAAUGCCAAAACUGGCAUUGAUGUGGAUAAAAUGGAUUAUUUCAGUCGAGACUGCCACCAUCUGGGUAUGACAUCCAACUUCUCCCACGAACGUUACAUGGUGUUUGCACGAGUUUGCACUAAUGAUGAUGGAGCUGAGCACAUCUGCAUGAGAGACAAGGAAGCAUUAAACAUGUACGAGCUCUUUCAUGUUCGGAACCUCCUUCACCACACUGCCUACCAGCACAGGGUUGUAAAGGCAGUUGAACUCAUGAUUUUAGAUGCACUCACAGCAGCUGAUAAGACCUUUAAGUUUUCUGAUAAAGUAAAGGACCCCAAAGCAUACCUGAAUCUCACAGUUAAGGAAAUCCUAAACUCAACAAACAAAGACUCAGGCAUCGUACAAGCACAGAACAUUAUAAAGAGAAUUUUUGAGCGCAAAUUGUACAGGUUCAUUAGAGGGAAAACCUUCCAGACUCAGGAAGUGAGGCACUUGGACAUGGUUGAACAGCAACAGAACAAGGUGUCAACCUGGUGGAACAAAAUCAAUGGACAACCUAGUAGCUUGCAGCUCUCUGCAGAUGACUUUACAGUCAAGCUUGCAAAAUUCAAUUAUGGGAUGAAAGACAAGAACCCAGUUGAUUCUCUGCGAUUCUACACCAAAGAUGAUCCACACAAACCAAUCACACUGUCCAAAGAUGAGGUCUCAUACCUCCUGCAUGAGAAAUUUUCUGAAACCAAGGUCUUGCUUUUCUACAGGGGAGAAAAUAAAGAUGUUGAAAAAUUGGCCAAACAGAAUAUCGAAGCAUUUUGGGAAGAAGUGAAAAAAACAGAUCAGUAA